AUGGAGCUUGACAUGCAAAAAAUAAAAAUUCCGAGGUUUUCGGGCGAGGCCACCAAGUCGGAAGACUUCAUCUCCAUCAUCGAUACUCUAUUGCGCUUUUCCACCAAAUCUCCCGACGACUAUGUUAUCACUCUCCGAACGUUCUUCGUUGCAGGUAGCAUAGCAAUGGACCGGUACGACAAGCAAAUCAAAGGCAAAGUAAGGGUGUGGGAAGAGCUGGUGAAGAAAUUCAAGCAGAGAUUUCAAAUGAAACUAUCAUCGUUCUGGGAGUUAUAUCAAGUAGCUUGGGAACAUCGAGACCGCAGCGCCCUUUUCCAGGAUGUCGAUCCGAGCCAAAAGUACCAAUCCCUCAAAGUUCUCUUCCCACUCACUGAAGACGCCCAAGAACGCAUAUUGGUCGCUUCUGAAUAUCGAGCCGCUCUUUCCGAUGCAAAACGCUGGUUUGUCGGAGAAACACCCUCCAAAACAAAGUUUACACAGGAGGACUCUUAUUGGAGGCCACCGGUUUCUGAGGAUGAAGGUGAAGGUGAAGACCAGCAAAUGGAUAUCGAUCACCCAGAUCUCGAUGACACUGACUGGUCCGAUCCAAUAUGCCCCCAUACUACCUUUAUCGUCUGUGGGAUGCCCGGCAUCGGGAAGAGCGUCUUUCUAUAUUACGUUCUUGUAGAACGUCUCCUCCGAAAUCUUCCCACUUGUCUCCAGAUCGAACCCGACUGCUUUACCUAUUGGUGCGCCGAGGGCGUGUCUGAGAUCCAAAUGAAUGAAUUCAAACGCCCCCUAUCCAAGGAUGUCUGGUUUCUUGUCGAUUCAAACCAGGACAUCACACGUCCCCACCGCAACAUAUUGACUUCCGGUGCACGGGUACUCCAAGUGGCUUCCCCACGGAAGUCUCACCUCGAGUGGACGGAGAAGCGGACUACCUUCACCUAUAAGUGGUUCAUGAAGCCCAGUCCGUUACCAGAGCUGCUAAUGAUGCGGCCUCUUUGGCCUUUUUGGCGUAGUGCCCUGACAGAUGAACAAGCGACGACAUUUGUGGAGGAAUAUGGGCCAUCCCCUCGCCUUAUCAUGUCCUAUGCCGCUCGUCCCGACGAAUACUGUCAUGACCUGCAGUCCACGAUUAACCUACUCACUUUCGACAAGCUCAAACAACUGUUUAUUGAGAUGAAACAUUCGAACAUGAACGACGACAGUCUUUCGCAUUGCACCUUUGGUGUAUAUCCGGAUGCUCAACGUAACCGAACUACAGUCGAUUACCUUACAAGAAAUAUUUUUGGUCUCGUAAAAGCAACUUUCUCUACCAACUGGAAAUUACAUGCCCGGGACAUGUAUAGACUGUUCAACGCAGCUUCGGGGACACGAGGCGCCGCAGGGCAUCUUGUGGAGGAUAUACUUCAUGGGGACUUGCCAAUGGGGGGUUACCGGCAGGUAACGCAGCUGCGCAAGCGUGGAAAAAGGUUACAACCGCAAAAGAACACCAUCUUCACGACACCCACCCCCGAAGAGUCUAGAAACGACAAAUACUUUUUCAUCGGUUCCGAUCCAGGCAUUGUCGAAGCCGUCCCCGAAACUCAUGACCCCCAACCUCUCAGGGUAUAUCGGUACUAUGAAUCCAAUGAAGUUGAAUCCAUUGACUUCAGCAAGCUGGGCUACUAUCGACCUUAUGCUCACAAUCAAGCAACGUUCGAUUCCUUGAUUGUGAAUCACCGGCAGAACUCUGUAUUUGCGUUGCAAUUUACUGUUUCAGGUGAACACAGCGUCAACAAGUACGGAAUGUAG